AUGGAGGAUCAAUUAUACGUGAAUCACAAAAUAAGAUGGCGGCUCCUAUGGGCUACAGCCAUCUGUUGUUUGACUACUCUUCAAUUCGGCUUUCAUUUAUCUGUGUUCAAUGCACCUCAACAAAUCAUAUCUUGUCAAAGUCAUGGUCGUGGAGAUGGGUACUCUGACGGAAUGUGGGCUCGUUGGGGUAUGCAACAAUGCAUACCAAUGGAUAAAUCUGGAAUUGCAACCAUCAAUACCGUUUUCACUGUAGCGGGCUUUUUGUCGUCCACACUUGUCGGAUCACACAGGGUUUUGAACUCAGUGGGUAGAAAUACUGUGCAAAAAGCUACUGCUAUUCUAUACAUAUUCGGAUGCGUAUCAAUAGCAUUCGCCAAUUCACUUCCAGUGAUGAACUUUGGCAGAUUUCUUGCUGGAGUGGCCGCUGGAUCUUCGAUGGUAGUUGCACCUAUCUUCAUAAAUGAGAUUACACCCUUUAACCAUCGCGGCCUUAUGGGGUCUCUUCUUCAAUUUGGUGUCGCAACCGGCAUUUUGUUGGCCCAAUUAAUCGCUUUCUUGUGGAGCAAUGACAACGACUGGCGCAACCUCUUUAUUUUUGGAGCAGGGAUUGGGCUUCUACAAUUGGUUCUUCUUUUCACGACGAUUGAGUCUCCUAAAUGGCUAAUAAUGCACAACGGAGAGAUUUCCCAUGCAUCUAAGCUUUUGAACCAAUUAAGAUCCGAUGAAGUGGCAGCCCAAUACGAAAUUCUACACUGGCGCAGACUUUCAACAAACCAGCCCUCUCCAACUUCAUCUGUAGGUCUGAGUGAAACCUCGUCGCUUUUGGAAUCAUCUCCAAAGGAUAAUUUAUACCCUGUCUCAACUGCAAUGUCUCGAAGAGGGUCUAUAGAUCCUAGCACUUUGAGCCCUAUAAGUUACAUCACCGGGUCAAAAUACAAGAAGGAAUGGGUUGCAGUUGUUCUUAUUAUGUCGGCACAACAAUUGAGUGGUAUGAAUGCCAUAACCUUUUAUGGAGUAUCAGUGUUAUCCAAAAUUGUGCCGCCUGACACAAAUGUACUAUAUCUCACUUCCUCACUUGCCUUCACCAACGUUAUUGUCUCUUUAGCAGUUUCGCCAUUGAUUGACAGAUGGGGCCGUAAAUUAUUGUUACUUGCAUCAGUUACCACAAUGAGUUUGUGUUCGGUGAUAAUUUCAACGGGAUUGAUCAACCAAAAAGACUACAUGGCUGCUGUUGGAUGUUUUGGCUUUGUAAUCGGGUUUUCGAUUGGCCUUGGACAAAUUCCCUUCUUAAUGAUCAGUGAACUUUCUAGUCAAGAGGCAAUUGGAAAGGCACAGGCUCUCGGUACCAUGUCGAACUGGCUUUCAAACGUAGCAAUUGCGUACGCUUUUCCUUAUUUAAAAGAGAUUUUGGGUGAUGCCGUUUUUUUUCUGUUUACUGUGACGGGAAUUAUUUUCUUUGUUGCAAUGUACAUUUAUGUUCCCGAAACGAAGGGUCGUGAAGGCUAUGACGAGAUUUGGGGCCUGGAAUAG